AUGUCAGCAAUCACCGUUCAGACCUUGUUGAAAACCAGCGCCGAACUUCAUGAGCAGGUCGCACGAUUGGCCAACGAUCUUUCUAUCUAUCCCGAAGCCAGUAUCGAUCAAGUAUUGACACAGGACACAGGAAGCCAAGAUGCCACUGCAGACCUCCUUGGCUUGUGGAAAACCCGGAACGGCAGUGACCCAAUCGAGAAGGCAAAGAUAAACAUCAUAGGUCUUGCACAACAACUCGAAAAGCUUACUCUUGGACCUCAGGGAUUCAUUCAUGAACUCGUGUCCAUGAACUGGGAGCAUGGUGCUUUGUAUGUUGCGCUGGAGCUUGGGGUCCUAGAAGCCAUUCCCGAAGAUGGAGGCACCCGAAGCUUCGCAGAGAUCGCUGCACCGUUGGUCUCAAAUAAGGGCUUCAGCUCUUGGGUCGGGUUCCAGCUGUAUGAAACCCGCCUUGCCAGCGCCAACUUGGCAGAUUGGUUGAAGCAACCAAGCGACUACUUCGCAGGCCCCGCUGCAUUUGAUCUUGCUGUCGCACAGGACGGUAAUCCUCCCCACCCGUGGGAGAAAAGCUGUAGCACAGACGGGCUAACAGUUAUCCGUGAAGGUCUUGACGCUGGGAAUGAAAUGGUAUUUGAGUGGUUUGGUUCUCAAUCCGAGAUCAUGGCAGACCCGAAAACCUCGGUUGUAGUAGUCGCUGGAAAAAGCAUUGGUGCUUUUGCUGAACGCAUGGCGGCAGCCUUUCCCGAAGUCAAAUUCGAACUUCGAGACACUGCUCCAAGUGAGGUAGAUGCGCCUGGAGCGUUCCGCAGACGGGAUGUUACGCUUAUGACCAUGCACAAUGCACAGCAGCGGACUGCGAAGCAGUGGUUAGAUCUGAUGAAAAAGGCCGAGUCACGAUUCCAAAUUUCGUACAAAGAGAAGUUCAAGUCACAUAGCUGUCGUGGGAUGUGGGAAAUUCGGAUACGAGAUCAUCAUUGA